GCAAUGACAUAAGUUAUGCCCCACGUACCGAAAAUUGUGUCGGCUCCUUCAUCAACUCAUAUCGUGGGAAGUUUUCGACAUAAAAAUGCCAGUUUUAAGAAAUUUACUUCGUGGUUUUACUAGAGGGGCCAACAGACACAAGGAGAUGACGAGUAAACGCGGAAAUAAGAAUUUCCAUCCCAACACCUCUCGCAUACAGCCCACUGGAUAUGGUGUCAGAACUACUUGGAGGAAUGUAAAAGAAAUGAUUCCAGAGAUUGUGGUGCCCAGUCUAGACGAUUUCCCGCUGAAGGCUUACGUGUCCUACAAGUGCCCGGACACACAGCAAGACCCUAUCACCCCCCGCGACAUCUUCGACAAGUGUGUAGCCCCAAGGGUGCUUGAAGAUUUGGAGAGCGGUAAAUACGAUAGUGAAAAAUUGUUGUCAUCGCCGGCGAGCGAGGGCAAGUCAUGACAGCCUGAUAGCUGAUGAAUAGACAUUUUAAGUUUAUGCCUGGCUUGAAGGCUUGUAAUCAUAGAGAGAGUGGAGCUGUCUUUAAAUCAUUGUUCUUAGAGACAUACCGUAAUUACAGAGAGAAAAGAAUAGGAAUCGGAGCAUUUGUAUCGUUCACAAAUUCUCCUGGGAGGACUGGCUGAUACCUAGUCUGCAGGCACAGACCGGGAUUGAAACUUUGAUCAACAAGUGGGUCUUCAGACAAAGACUAUCGCAUAUAAAAAUUGCUGUUUCAAUUCAGGCCUUCAGUCCACAAGGCAUUAUUACAGUCUUGCACAUUCAGACCCUUAACUUGAGUGAAAGGUUUGCACAGCAGACUGGUUGAUGCCCUUGCUUAUACAGUUGUAAUAUCCAAAGAGGAUUUAACUUUUGAAUGAAUAUGCAAUGACAGUCCCACAUUUCGUUCUUCAGAAUCUGUAUGUGGUACAUGUAUUUAUUCUUAUUGAUUCAAACUUUAAGGCCCCCUUUCCUGCGGUAAAAUCCGUUUAGGUUUACUUUUUAUUAAAUGGCAUUAAAAAAAAAACACCUUUUCUAUAAGAAAACCCCCUUUAUUACAAAUGUAUUAAUAUGGUAUCAGAAAGCUUCAAGCGGAAAUACUUUCUCUUGUUCCUUGGGACAGAAUUAGAAUGUUUACGGCCACUGGAGUUUGUUGUGGAUGGACUUUGAACACAAGUUCCAGGGUUCAAACCCCACCGUGAUGCUUAUGUCCUUUGGAAAGACAGUAUACAAAUAGCAAAUAAGCAUGAGUGCGAUGGUGAGAGAUUUCGCAUGAGGUGAAAGAAAGAUGCUCUAUAUUCAACGAGGCGUUAGCCGAGUUGAAUAGAGUGUUUCUUUCUUUCACCGAAUGCGAAAUCUCACACCAUUGCACGAAUACGAAUAUUCGCUAUUUGUGUUGUACAACGCCUCGGAGUUUAGCGAAAAUAUGAAAAAACAAGAGUUUUUCCCUGGAGUAAUCUAUGAAAAGUGAGCAAAAAAAUUGAAAGCGAAAACCAAAAUCCCACAAGCACAUGACCUUGGGCAGCAUUGCGCAUUUAGCCAGCAGGCUAUACGCGCAUUGCACUUUCAUUUUUACUGAGCGCAGUGAAUUAAAUCGUAUUGUGACAUCACCAAUGUUUGACAUUCAGCCUCCCACUUGCUCGCGUACAACAAGCUAAGAACGCAUUGUACAAUGGUCCAUAAUUGAUAUUCUCAACCUCGGUCUAAAUGGGUAUCUGAUGUUUUGAGCAUUUUAAAUGCUAGUUAAUGUGGUUUAUUAUUCACUUGGUAUACAAGCAGUUAGUCUAUUUCUCAGUCUAAUAACAUGUGGGCUAAACCCAUUUUGUCUGUUGUACAACGCCGACUUCUUAAUAAUAGCUUGUUGUAUGUGAACAAAUGGGAGGCUGAAUGCAGUGGCGUACCUAGGAUUUUCCAAAGGGGGGGGCAAAUUCGUCCGCCAAAAGAUUUGACAAAAAAAAAAGGUCUUCAACCACAAGUAAAGGACAUUUCGCACCCGAAAAAAAAUUGACAAGCAAAAAAAAAAAAAAAAGUUUUCAAGUUCAAGCCACUUGUGGCUCGUCAGGGGGGGGGGGGGGCAGGGAUACGUCCUUUGCAGUCUGCCCCCCCCUAAGGUACGCUAGUGGCUGAAUGUCAAACAUUCAUACCGUUGCACACAUACCGUCCAUAAUGUACAGUUGCAUGGUCAGGAACAUGGUGACGUCACUAUAAAAAUUAGGAUUCAAUGCAUUGCGCUUAGUAAAUGCAGAAUAUGCGUAGGGCUUGCUGGCUAAAUACGCAUUGCUGCUGCAGAUCAGUUGCGUGUUGAGGGAUUUUGCUUUUCGCUUUUCUAUAAUUAAUUUCAUUGAUUAACAUAGGAAAAAGAUGAUUAUUCUUUUUUCGCUAACUUCCGAGAUGUUGUACAAGACAGACAGCGAAUGUUCUUAUUCAUGCAAUUGUGCGAGAUUUGGCAUUUGGUAAAAGAAAGAGACACUCUAUUCAACUUGGCUAUGCCUUGUUUCUGACGCCUUAUGCAAAUUCUCGCACCAUCGCACUCGUGCCUAUUCGCUAUUUGUAUACUAUUAACUUGCACUUUGGUCAUCACUUCAAUACCCUCUUUUUCUUAUUUCAUUUAGUCUAUUGCCCAGAUUUUCUCAUUUCCACUUUGAUAAUUUUGCAUUUUAUAAAAUGAAAAUUUGAAUCAUAAGUCGUGCUUCGAACCAUAUAUAAUAAGAUACAAAUACUGAAUGUUUAUGAGUGCAAUGGACAGAAUACAUCAUGAGGUGAAAGAUGAAAUGAUCCAUUCAACGAGGCGUAGCCGAGUUGAAUGGACCAUUCAUUUCAUCUUUCACCGAAUGAAGUAUUUUAUCCAUUGCACGAAUGAAAAGAGUAUUCAUUACUGGAUUUAUAUGACACCUACAAAUGGAUCCUUUGUCAUAUGAAAUUUAUGAAUUUUGAUGCAAAAUAUGCCCAUGCAGUGCGAGCUUGGUCUGUCGAUAGUCUUGUACGUACACCAUGUGCGCUGCAAACACGAGUGUUUUUACUUGUGGUGCCUGCGGUCUCGAUGCGCGGGUGCAAUAGACAAGAUCGUAUGGAUCCAAAAAUUGCACGAUGAAUGGGUCCAAAAUUGCACCUAUGAGGACUUCAUUGUAAAAUGGGCGGAAUGAUCAAUAACAAACAACCAUUCAAAUGAUAAGGAUCCAUCUAGGUGUCAUAUAAAUGGUGAUAGCUCAACUUGGAUAUUAGACCAAAUGGGUAUAGCCUUACUGGAUAUUAGAAUGGUUUAUGGGCUAAAUGGCAAUUUGUCCGAGUUCAGAGACAAAUAAAGUCAUGCGGGAGAAGAUAAAUGUAGAUAAGCAGACAAACUGAGUGUAUUUUGUAUCUUACCAUUAAUUUUGGUUGCUCAAUGUGAUGAGCGAGACGAUGUCUAAGCACCAUGAAUGCAUAUCAGUAUGUAUACGUGUCCCAUCUUGUUUAUUUUUACUCGAGAGGGACAAAUUAAAUUCAAGAAACAUGUA